GCUCUCCAUCCAAACUGGCUGCCAGAGGGGUGCAGGGAGCUGGUGGCUCCCCAGGGAGCCCUGGGGGCUUUCUCUGGCCCCGCUCCGAGGGUCUGGGAGCCCAGCUCGGGGUGCAGCAGGUCCUUCCCCCUCUGCUCCGGUGCCACGUUCGCAGUCCCCCGGGCUGGAGCUGGGGAUGGAGGGGGCCGGGAUUGUCCCUGUGGGAGCACUUGGCCCUCGGGGAGGGGAAGAGGGCAGCGGUAAAAAUAACCUCUGGGCCAGCUCCAGCCCAUUGUGGCUUCCUGCGAUUUACAGCCCUUCCCGGGGGGAAGAGGCAGGCACCGGCCAUCUCGGGGCUGGCUUUGACCCUUUCGCCGCCACCGGAGAAGGUGCCAGAAGGACCUUUCCUGCCUGGGCAGGAUCCUGGGGAAGGGGAUUGUGGUGGGCUCCUGCUCCUGAGCGGCCCCCAGCACCCUGGGAUGGGUGUGGAAGGAGAAGCUGCUGGAGUGGACAUGGUUUCCCUGCCCCACUGCUGACCCGCGAGAGACUCGGAGGCAAAAAUCUCUGCUGCAGAUCCCGAAAUCCCGGCCGGGUUCCCGCUGCUGCCGGCUCUGGGCUCAGUUUGCCGCGGCAGCCAGAGGGGCAGGAGCUGCGUGAGACUGGAGCAUCCCAUCCCUGCAUCCCAUCCCUGCAUCCCUGCGUGGGCUCAGGGCUGAAUCCAGGAGCCGAGCGAAGCUUCAGGAGCCUCCCCAGCUGCCACACCGGACCUGCCCGGCCACUCCGAGGGGAACAGAGCGAUCAGCAGCGCCGUUCCGGGGCGAUGGUGCCCUUGGGCAGCCCCAGCCUCGCCGUCUGCGCCUCCAGCAACCUGCGCCUCAUGGCCCCCGGCCGCGGCUCCCCCCUGGCCUGGCUGAACCGGAGCCCCGAGUGCCCGCAGGGGCCGGGGGGCAGCGGGGGCCGCAGACCCAGCGCCGUGGAGCGGCUGGAGGCCGACAAGGCCAAGUACGUCAAGUCCCAGCAGGUGAUCAACAGGCGGCAGGAGCCGGCGCUGCGGGGCUCGCCCCGGCUGUCCCCCCACGGCCGGCGCCUGCUCGCCCGCCAGCAGUGCAACGAGCUGUGUCCGGGCUCGGAGCUGGGCCGGGACGGGCCCCGGAAGCUGCCGUGCCCGCAGUCCCCCGUGUCGCGCCGCAGCGGCAGCCGGCGCCUGCUGAGACCCGACUCGCUCAUCAUCUACCGGCAGAAACGGGACUGCCUGGCCGGGGACAAGGAGAACACCAAGGGCUCGGGGCUGGUGCGGCGACUCUUCCAGGGACCCCUCAGAGACAAACCCCCCAGCUCGCCCCCUGCCAGGGCGCUGGGCGAGGGACCGCCGGCCCCCCAGAGCCCCGAGACCCCCAUGCUGUGGGCGCCGGCGGAGAAGGAGGAGGCGCGGACGCCGGGAGGCAGCAGCGGCGGUGACGGCGGUGGCAUCUUCCCCGUGCCCGGCAGCCCCGCGGCGCAGCCCCCCGGUGCCCCCGGGAAGGAGCCGCUGGCUCUGCGAGUGUCGCUGCCGCUCUCGGAGAAGGAGCGCUUCUUCAACUACUGCGGGCUGGACCGGGCGCUGGUGGAGCUGCUGGGCCGGGAGCGCUUCGGGCCGGCGGGCUGGGACAACGCCUCGGCCCGGCCCCCCGGCUCCUGCGAGUCCGAGCCCGAGCGGGCCUCGGGGGGCAGCGAGGGGGACGCGGGGCCGGGCGAGGAGGAGCCGGACGUCCGGCUGGGCUCCGCCGUGUCGGUGGUGGAGCGCAACGCCCGUGUCAUCAAGUGGCUCUACGGCUGCCAGAGAGCCUGGGCGGCUGCCAAGGAGUCCACGGUCUGAGCGGGGACGGCCUGGCCGCGACGAGGACACCCGUGUGGCUCCCGCUGGCUGGACGUGGCCCCUCGCCCUCGCUGGAUGUGGCCCACGGGCUGGUGGCAGCCAUGGCAGUGGGGAUGCUGCAGGCAGGGAGAACCACCAGGUCCACAGGCUGAGUGUGGUGAGGGCACCCGAGGGGCAGGUGAGGAAGGGACACCCCCGGGUGAGUCUCUCCAAGGCCUCAGGGCCACAGGAUGCUGUCUCCCUGCUGUCCCCCAUCAUCUCCAUCCUCCCUGUCCCCUGCCCAGGAGGGUGGGAUGGGCCUGCAGUCCCCACUGACCACCCGUGUCCUGCUCCAGCUGCAGCCUGGGGGGUGGGCAGAGCCCGAGUCCCCUGUCGUGGGCAGUGCCCACCCCACAGCCCCCUCCUCCCCAGAACAGGGGCUGCUGGGGCCAGAGCAGCCCUCAAUAAAUCUGUUUGGG